AAUUAGUUUAUAAAGGACAUGACCAGUUUCUCCGAUUCAGUAUACUGUGCUCACUUACAUCUUUUACGGAUAAAUGUAGUUCACUACGAAAUUAAAAAAUGUUAAAUUUGUUAAAAAAAAUGUUUGUAUAUUUAUUUCGUUCCUCCAGUUACACAUUACUGCGCUCUGUCGUGUAAUUUAUGAAGUAAAAAUGGCUAAUGAAGAACCAACGGACCUUGAUUGGGUGCAAUUGCGUCGUGAUAUGGGUCCUGUGCACCAUGUCGAAACAACACAAGAAAAAUUCGUGCGAAAAUUUGGCGAGAAUCCUUUUGUACCCUUAGGCUGUCUUGCAACUGCUGGAGCAUUGUCCUAUGGAUUAUGGUGUUUCCGUACAAAGAGAUCAAAACUGUCACAGAGAAUGAUGCGGGUUAGAAUAGUGGCACAAGGAUUUACCAUCGCUGCCCUUGUUGGAGGUGUUGUGAUGGGAGCUGGGAAAUCUCUUAAGACUUGAUUUAAUUAUUUCAGGCUUAAAUGAAAAGAUUAAAAUAUAUUAUGUAAUUUGUUUAUUUUUAUUAGACUCAAAUAAAUACCUCAAGCAAGUUAAGUGUUGCUA